GAAAUGCCAGUUUCGAGUAACAUCAUCAGUACUAGCAGACAUAACAAGGCUCAUUCAGGAAAAGGAAACUCAGCCAUCGCAUUAAAGCAGUAGGAUUCCAAUAGAGAGGUCAGUCAACAUGACCGCAAGGUGGAAAAUUAAAAUGACAGAUUUAACAGCUCUGUACAAUGAUUUCAACGUCACACAAGCACAGGAAUUUUGUUUCCGAACCAAUGGGGAACAAGUCAGUUUCCUCCCUGGCUGGGAUUGGAACAACACUUGGAAGAAAGCUGGAAGAGCAAGGCUUUGAUAAGGCAUACGUAGUGUUAGGCCAGUUCCUUGUUUUGAGAAAGGAUGAUGAAUUGUUUAAAGAUUGGUUGAAAGACAUCUGUGGGGCCAACAGCAAACAAGCUGGACAGUGCACCACUUGUUUACAAGAAUGGUGCAAUGCCUUCCUGUAGUUAAUAUUCAUGUCCAAAGCAUGUAUCACCUAGGUUAAAUAAAUGUGUUGCAAACUAACACCAAUUUUCCCAUGUAAGCCCAAAGUGUGUCUAAAGCUUAUCUUAAGCAUAUGUGAAUUUCACUACUUAGGAAUAAUUGUUUUGUAGACUAAUCAAUUUUACAUGCAACACCAAUCCUCUGAUACAGGCUUCAAUAAAUGGUUGUG